AUGAAGGAACAAUUUCUGCCUUACAAUUAUGUACGAACCAUGUACCAACAACUGCAGAAUCUGCGUCAAGGUGGGAAAACGGUUAGUGACUAUACCACGGAUUUUUAUUUGUUGAUUACGAGGAACGAGAUGAUGGAGACGGAGGAGCAGUUGGUGUCACGUUACGUGGGUGGUCUUCGUCCCCAAAUACAGGAUACUCUCAAUAUGUUUGAUCCUAUGACAGUUUCUGAAGCACAUCAAAGGGCAAUACAGAUAGAGAAGCAACAGUCCAGGAAAACUACUAGUCCUUUCAUUGCAGGGAGUUCUUCUAGUAACCCACAACAGCAGGUGGCACGUCCUGGUAAUCCUGCUCAAUCUGGUCCUCCUAGAACAAAUCCUGCCCAACAACCAAUACGUCCUGGGGUUGGUAUUCAUUGUUUUGGAUGCGAAGUUACAGGCCGCAGGCAGUCUGAGUGCCUAAAGAAUCCACGCAGGGGACUCUUUGUUGAUGAGGAAAAUGGCGAUUAUGAAGGUCCGCCUGUAUUUGACGGUGAGGACGGAGAAGAAGCAACAAAAGAGGAAGAGUUUGUGGUUGGUGAUGUAGGUCAGGCACUGGUGGUGAGGAGGAGUUUCCUGACUCCUUUGGAGAAUAACACUGAUUGGUUGCAUAAUAAUAUCUUUCAAUCAACAUGUACUAUUGGAGGAAAGGUGUGCAAAUUUGUUAUUGAUUCUGGUAGUUGCGAGAAUGUGGUGGCUAAGGAGGUCGUUAAGAAGCUGGGUUUGCAGACUGAGAAACAUCCCAAACCUUAUAAAUUAGCCUGGCUGAAAAGAGGCAAUGACGUAGAAGUGUCUCAACGUGCUAGAAUCAACUUCUCCAUCGGACCUACCUACAAGGAUCAGGUCUUAUGUGAUGUAGUAGAGAUGGAUGCAUGUCAUUUACUAUUAGGGAGGUCGUGUCAGUUUGACAGGCACUUACUGCAUGAUGGAUAUACCAACACGUACAGCUUUCUGUUUGGGGGAAAGAAAAUUGUGUUACUACCGGAUAAGGGUUCAGUACAGAUAGUUGGGAAUAAUGCCAAUUUACUGACCAGAAAGAAGUUCGAGACAGAGAUGGAGGAGUCUGGGGUAGUGUAUGUGCUGAUUAGAAAGUCGGUUGACAGUGAGCAUGAAGUCCCUCUCGCAGUUCAGCCAUUGCUAAAGGAGUUUCAUGAAGUUUUCCCAGAAGAGCUUCCUGAUGGACUACCACCACUACGGGAUAUUCAGCAUCAGAUUGACUUGGUGCCUGGAGCUGCCCUACCUAACCGGGCGCAUUACAGAAUGAGCCCCACCGAGCAUGAAGAGUUGCGCAGGCAAGUUGAGGAUCUUCUGGCAAAAGGACACAUCAGGGAGAGUCUUAGUCCUUAUGCUGUCCUGUUCUUCUCACACCGAAGAAGGAUAGCACGUGGCGCAUGUGCGUGGAUAGUAGGACAAUCAAUAAGAUUAAGACGUGGGGAUGAGUGGAAGACCGCAUUUAAGAAGAGAGAAGGAUUGUACGAGUGUGCUAAUGAUGAUGAACAUGUUCGGCACCUUCGAGAAGUUCUUUCAGUUCUUCGCAGGGAUAAAUUCUAUGCUGCAGUGAAGAAGUGUUCCUUUCUCACUGAUAAUGUGGUGUUCCUGGGUUAUGUGGUGUCGAAGGUGGGGUUCAUACCGUAUUUCAGUAGCAUCAUGGCACCAAUUACAGAUUGCAUGAAGGAUGUUUUGGUGUUGCCUGACUUUACCCAACCAUUUGAGCUGCAUUAUGAUGCUUCGAAAGUGGGUAUUGGUGGUGUACUGAGUCAGAACAACCGCCCUGUUGCAUAUUUCAGUGAGAAGCUUUCUGGCUCGAAGUCUCGGUAUAGUACUUAUGAUGUGGAGUUCUAUGCAAUAGUCCAGGCCAUUCGACAUUGGCGUCACUAUUUGUUCCAUAAGGAGUUCAUUUUGUAUACGGAUCAUGAUACCUUUAAGCACCUUGGUACUCAGGAUAAGGUUUCUGCUCGACAUGCCUCUUGGAUUGCUUAUCUACAGCAGUUUACUUUUGUGAUCAAGCACAAGGCAGGUGCCCUUAACAAAAUUGCGGAUGCGUUGAGUAGGCGCAAACACUCCUUAUAG